AUGAUCUCCAAUAAGGCUUUAGUCUACGGUAUUUUACUUUUGAUUAUAUUUAACUAUGUAAUUGCCGAAGAAGUGUCUUCUCAAAGCUCAGGUUGGCAAUUCCCGCUGAUAUCUGGUUUUAGACCUUUUGGAUCCUCAGGGCCUUUUGGCUUUCCCAGCUUCAGUGGUCUGUCAGGACUAUUUGAUAACCCAUCAAUAACUACACCUGAUACAACGACAACAGCACAUAGCCGUGAAAGACGUGAGGCUAACAACGAUGAUGACGAGAAUGGAAAUAACGAACUUCAGAGUAGACUAUUGUUCAUCCAUUUAUCUACUAUUACCUCUUGCAACUACACCACUCAGGGUGGUUCCAGCUGCCUUAAUUGUCGUCAAACUCUCCGAUGUCUACCCACCAACGUAGGGGUACUGAAGUCUUGCACAGGUCUGUUCCGCUACUGCAACAAUGGCCGUUGCUCUCUCUUCCAGGAUUUACAAUGCAGUGAAACCACUAGUACCCCUACGUCCACUACUUUAAGCUCAACCACCACAACUAGUACUUCAACCACUUCUCCGACAACGGUUUCUACUUCUUCUAGUGAUUAA